ACACCGCCCACAAAAAGCCACAGAUAUCUGUCUCCAGAUGCAAUUAUACAGUGCAACUAUAAAGAAUGGACAUACAAUAGUGCUAUUUAUAAGGGGUGUUUUUGCAUGAAGAUCGUUGGAAAGGCUUGUUCUAGGCUACUUAGCGACAGAAACAGCAGCGGCAGAAAGAGAGGCGAGAGAGAGAGGGGUGUUGGGUAAAUGAAAGUGGGUGGGCCUAACGCGAACACACACACUACCAACUUCGAUCAGGAUACAUUUAUGCAAACACUUGAUUUUUCUUCUUCCGUUAAUAGAAUUUUACGCGCGACGGUCGUUAAAGUGUGUUUUCGGUUGGUUUUGAGGGGCUUCGGGCGCGGACAACGGACUCUUCCCCGUUAUAACGGGAGGUUUGAUUGUUGCCCGAGCUUGGUACCGCCCUUCCUGGCGGGUGGGUGGUUUCGGUGCUAACCGGAGCGACGCCACAGCCCCAGCGCGAGCCAUUCGCGGAGAAAAUAGGCCGUCCUUCCCCGGUGCUUCAGCCGGCCUUUCUCCCGUAGCCUCUCCUCUCCGGUUUAUGAAUGCGUUAUGAGUGAUCAGAAGACUGAAGUGUCAGGAUCAGAAGAAGGGAAACCAGGCAAGAAAGGCAAACGUUCCGGAUCACAGGAUUCCCAGACGUCUCCUCUAGCCCUGCUGGCUGCAACCUGCAGUAAGAUAGGAGUUCAGGGAGGAGUGGAGGGACAGGUGCAGGGUGGACAGCUCCAGGGUCAUAUAGUUGUCGACGCAGCAGGUAAUCAGACUCUGGUUCAGCAGCAGAUGGAACUGGUUCCUGCCCAGUUCACUGGAAACGGCUGGCAGAUCAUCACUACUGCUCCCCAAAUGGCCAAGGACACUGCCAAUCAACCCGUCGCCGUGACGCUGGCCACCACUUCAGCCAAUGACAGUGCUCCGGCAGGCCGUAAGAUGAAGGCUGUGGGCGGGACUAACACCGUAGCAGCCAAUCAGCAGGUGCAGCAGCAGCAGUUUCAGAUCAUCCAGGUGCAAAACAUUCCGUCGUCUGGGGGUGGGGUCCAAUACCAGGUGAUCCCCCACCUGCAGACGGCCGACGGCCAACAGAUCCACAUCAGCCCCCAGACUGCAUCCCUGGGGGGCCAACAGAUCCACAUCAGCCCCCAGACUGCAUCCCUGGGCGGGCAGCACAUUCACAUCAGGUGGGUGGCAGCUGGUCUAGUGCAGUGGUUCUCAAAACUCUCCUCAGGGACCCCCAGAUGUUUACAUUAUUCUAUUCUAUUCAGUCCGGCCCAGGGGGGUCUACCAGAGCAGGUCCAGCUGAUCCAGAACCAAUCCCAGACCCAGGCAAUCCUACAGCCAGCCAAUCAGCAAGCCAUCCUCACUAGUUCAGCCAAUCAGACGUUGCAGCUUCGUUCCGCCCAGUCCUUCCCGUUGCAGAUGCAGACCUUACAGGGCUCCCAGACCCAGGUCAUGACUACAGUACCCAUAAACAUCGGCGGUAUGACCCUCGCCCUGCCGGUCAUGAAUAAUUUAGCAGGGAGCGGAGGCGUGCAGCUUGUCCAAUCAGCCGAUGGUAGCUUUACCGUAGCUAACGGCAACCAGCUUGUAACGACAACUGCAGCGGCAGUGUCCGGGGCAGUUACUGUUACCGGGUCGUCUGGUGGUACUAUAACAACUGUUGCCGGGGGGGAUGGAGCGUCGACAGACGGAACACAGCUGAGUUCUGUAGCCGGGUCGGACGGAGGUACGGAGAGAGACACACAGAACCAACCCAGCGACCAGGACUCUCAGAUGGUCCAGAGCCAGGCCAACGGACUGCAGGUCCAAUCAGAUCCUCCAGGGACCAUCCAGCAGGUCAUUGUGGGACAGAUGGGCAACCAGUUGUUGCAGCAGAUCCAGAUUCAGCCACAGCAGAUCACUCAGGCCCAGAUCCAGCCACAGAACCAGUUCCAGGGCCAGCAGAUCCAAACCUUUCAGUUAGGACCAGGCGGGACCUUACAGCCCAUACAAGCCUUCCAGAACCAACAGGUUCUGAUCCGAACCCCAACCCUCUCUCCGUCGGGUCAGAUCACGUGGCAGACCCUGCAGCUCCCCGGGGGAAUGUCUGUGCCCCAGCAGCUGACGCUGGCCCCUGUGGGCGGGGGGGGAUUCAUGCAGCUGGGGGGGGCUCCCCUGACGCUGAGCGCAGCCCAGAUCAACCCUGGGUCGGGGGUGCAGACAGUCAGCAUUGCCGGGCUGGGCACCACUGGGGUACAGAUGCAGGGGGUACCCCUCACCUUCACUGGACUACAGGGUCAGCCGCAGGGUCAGGAGGGAGGAGUUAAGGUCGAGCCAUCCCCGGUGACGGUAACCGCGGGUAACGUUGCGGGGUCAUCGCUUAGUCCAGACCAGAUGGGUUCUGUCCAGAGUUCAUCAGACCAAGAAGGACCGCCCAGCAAGAGGCUUCGCAGGGUGGCGUGCUCCUGUCCGAACUGUAGGGCCGGAGAGGGGAGGACCAUUGGAGACCCAUCUAAGAAGAAGCAACAUGUGUGUCACAUGGAGGGCUGUGGAAAGGUUUACGGUAAGACCAGUCACCUGAGAGCUCACCUCCGCUGGCACACAGGAGAACGACCCUUCGUCUGCAACUGGAUCUUCUGUGGCAAGAGGUUCACACGCUCGGACGAACUGCAGAGACACAGACGGACACACACAGGAGAGAAGAGGUUUGAGUGUCCAGAGUGCAGUAAGCGAUUCAUGCGUAGCGACCAUCUCUCCAAACACAUCAAAACCCACCUGAACAAGAAGGGAGGGGCUUCUCUCGCCAUCAUCACCACCGACGACAUGGAAAAUUCUAACCAGGGUUUAGGCUCCUCCCCUCGCAUCGUAACUAUGGCGACGCUCUCCCAGGACUCCGCCCCCGCCACACCAACGGCCUCCUCGCCGAAUCAAAUGGAGGGAGAAGAGGAGGAAGAGGAGGAGUUUGAGUAGUGACCAGUGACCACUUCUUGUGAAAGGAAGAAGCAGGGAGGGCUGACUUCCAGGUUGGUCUCCAUGGUUACGCCGUGGCGGUCAGGUGGUAGAUUAUUUUUAUUAUUAUUUAUUUGUUUUUGAAACGGACUCAAACAGAAGACAAAUAUGAUUGACUGAUAAUGACAAACAGACAGAGAAAUCUGAAUCUAAACUAAUAAUUGAGUCCAACAACAGUCUUAAAGGUAUGAAUUUGUAGAAUGAUGUUUAAUAACAGAACAGAGGUCAGGAGAAAAGGCACAUCUGAACUCGCACUCUAUCCCCUAUAUAGUGCACUACUUUUGGCCAGAGCCUUCUGAGUAGUUUGUUAUGUUAGGAAGAGGGUGUCAUUUUGGAUAGGUUUAUUAGACUAGCACAAAACAGUUGUAAAACAUCAAGAAGAGACAUUGGAUGUGUCCCAAAUGGCCAGGGUAACAUUUGAAACGCAACAAUCUCUAUGCACAAAGAUGUUCUGUAACUAUGGUGAUGAGGAUGAUGAAACAUUGUGGCGUGGUCUCGACUGUUGACAGACAGGUGAGAGGAGCUGGCGUGUGUGUGUGUGUGUGUGUGUGUGUGUGUGUGUGUGUGUGUGUGUGUGUGUGUGUGUGUGUGUGUGUGUGUGUGUGUGUGUGUGUGUGUGUGUGUGUGUGUGUGUGUGUGUGUGUGUGUGUGUGUGUGUUUC